AUGCGUAAGAGGUUUCACGGUCUGAAAAAACCCAAAGUCCGAGCCGACUGGUCAAAAUGGACUCUCUAUAACAUCUCGCGCCUACAAACUCCCUACGCCGCCUCAAAGACCUUCUUCCAGCAGAAAUGGCUGGCAAAGUCCCUGACCCGUGCCUACCACGGCGAGCAAAUCCGCGAAGGAAAAUGGACCCGCAUGUUUGACCGUCGCCUCCCCGCUGUCGUUCCCAUGGACUACAAACUUCUCGCCCGUACAGAUGGCUCCGAGCAGGCUGCUGGUCGUGGUUCUGGUCUCAACAUCGCAAAGAGAAAGGAUGGUUCCGAUCUAUCGGAAAGAGACAAGGCUCCGCAAAGGACUCCUUACAUGCACAUGACAUAUUUCCCAACUGAGCGCAGACUGGAUACUGCUGUCUGGCGUGCGCUAUUCGCCAGCAGUGCCCGUCAGGCAAGGCAAUUUGUCGUUCACGGCUUUGUCAAGGUCAACGGAAAGAAGAUGCAACACCCUGGCUACCUCCUCAACCCUGGUGACAUGUUCUCAGUAGAUCCUGAGCGCGUUCUUUUCGCUACUGGCGCACGCAAGCACAACAAGAACUCCCCAGACACACUGCAAGGUCGCGAAGAGCCCGAUGAGGUUGAGCAAAUUGUCGACGAUGAUGCUGAGGAUAUCCUCGAAGGAUCCGAGAACAAGGACACUGAAGACGCCUCUAAGGCAAGCGCCAAAUCUACAAAGACAACACCAUCAGCUGAGGAGGACCCCAAGGCCGCUCUCAAGUCAUUGCUUGCUCGUGCACAAGACAUUACCAAAGACAGCAAAGACGUCUUAUCUGGCAAGCGCAAGCAGGAUCUACGCGCCUUUGCCAAGUCUGUUAAGCAAACUAUGUCUCGCCUACGACCUUCGGGAAUCGCUAAGCCUGGUACCGAGACCAUUGACUCAUUGGAGGAAACACUAAAGGCUAUUGCUGCCAAGGUACCUGCUGAAGAUGCGGCCGCAGAGGCUGCCCUGCCUGACCAGCAACAAAAACCGGUCAAGAGAGAAGAUGCAUUCCGAGCACGCAAGGAUGCCGAGCUACUACACGCCGCACUUGCACGUGCAAACGAAAACCCGAUUGAUGCUUCAAAGCCAUAUGCUACACCUUGGAGGCCGCGUGAGUUUAUGAGUGCAUUUGCAUUCAUCCCGCGCUACCUGGAGGUCAAUCAGAAGAUCUGCAGCGCCGUGUACCUCCGUCACCCAGUUGCUAGACCUGGAUUGGCAGAAGUACCCACACCGUUUGCCAACGAGACAAUGGCUCUUGCAUUCAACUGGUACCUCCGCAGACGUUGA